UCCGAAACUAAGGCCCUAACGCCGCAUCUACCUAGGUACUAUAUGAAGAGUUACCAACAGUGAUGCGAAUAAUGAGCUUGAAGAACUUGACCGUCUUGUCUUCUGUGAGUCGAAAUAAUCCUACCUAGGAAUAACCCGAUGUUUCCGAGAGAAACCAAUCACUAUUUAACAGUCACCAUGCCUCAGGAGACCCAGCUGACUCUAUUUGUCACUUUUUACGUCAAGCCUUCGAUGAUAGAAGAGUUCAAAGCUGCCCACCGACCUGUCUGGGCUGCGUGCGCCCUCGAGCCUGAGUGCCUCCUCUUCGACGUGUUCCAAGACCCUGAACAACCUGGCCGCUUCCGGCUGAUUGAGAUAUGGAACGCAACGAGAGAGUGGUUCGAAACGAAGCAACUGACGAAGCCGUACUAUGCCACACUAUGGAAGCUAUCACGACCGAUGUGGGAAAAGGAAAGGGAGAUCGAGUUCUUCGAGCGUUUGGGGGAAGGUUGUAGCUAUCGUAGGGGUUACUUGGACGGGGGACGCCUGAUGGGAUGACUAUUCGAGACGAUAUUGUGUUAAUUGCCAUCUCAUUAUCUUUUGAUUGAAUGGCCCGAAAUUUCCUGCGCAUGGGGAUUUGUUAACGUUAAAGGGGGAUAUCCUGUUGUGAACUCAACGCGUUGGUCGCGCGUAGCAAACUUCCACGCCUUUGGUUGUUCAGCUCCCCACUUAGGUAUCUAGGUAGCUUUCUACAUCU